AUGGAUGGGCUUCAGUUUUCGACGAGUUCUGUCCAGGCUCAGGUCAAUCGGUUGGAUUUUAUCGCCGGGAAUCUUCCGACGUCAUUGUCCCCAUCCCAGAUUCGGUAUUGUAAGUGUGGAAUGUCUCAUAAUCCAGAUGAUGUCAUGGUGCAGUGUGAAGGGUGCAAGGGCUGGUUCAUUGAAAAGUUUGGCAUGCAUAUUAUUGUUGGUAUAAAGAUGGGUGGGAAGGAUGUGGUAUUUAUGAAACAACAGCACUCUUCUUCACUUCGACAGGUGGAUGUGCAGCAAAUAUUGAUAAUGAUGGCUGAUAAAAGGUUCUAUAAGCAAAUGAACAAUAAGGAAUGGAUACAGAGCAAGUAUUAA